AAAAUCGGAGGAGGAGGCGACGAACGGAACGCUGAAAGAGCGUAGAUCUGUGUACAGCUGAUUCUUUCAAUUUUGAAGGAAACAUAAAGUUAUCAACUCAUCAUGCCAGAGUUGGUAGCACAAAAGGAAGCCUCAAAUGGGGCUGGGGGAUCUCCCCCUUCACCCCCAGAAUUACCAGAACGAAACUCCCUAGCAGAGAUGGUCAAUCGAAGAAUCGCUAGUAGAGAUCCUUGGUUCUCUCUCGAAUUCUUUCCACCCAGAACAAACAAUGGAGCUAUUAAUUUGAUAAGCAGGAUCGAACGGAUGAAUGAAGGACAGCCCCUUUUCUGUGACAUCACUUGGCAUCCAGCAGGUGAUCCCGGAAAUACCCAAAAGUCCACCAGCUCCACCUGUAUGGCAGCUACCAUGGUAAACUACUGCUGUGUGGAGACCAUGCUCCACAUCACAUGUGGCCGACAGACAGAGGAGGAAAUCAAGACCAAUCUAAAGAAUGCUAAAGAGCUAGGCAUCAGGAAUCUAUUGGCACUAAGGGGAGACCCACCAGAUGGCGGAGAGUCUUGGGUACACCAGGACAAUGGCUUUAAUUAUGCAACAGAUUUGGUGAGGCUGAUCAAGCAAGAACAUGGUGAUGACUUUUCCAUUUGUGUAGCAGGUUACCCCACGGGCCACCCUGAGUGUACGUCAUACCAGGAAGACUUGCGUCAUCUUAAAUCCAAGGUGGAUGCUGGAGCUGACUUUAUAAUAACACAGCUUUUCUUCAAAGCUUCUACCUUUCUACAGUUUGUGAAGGACUGUCGUAACAUUGGAAUCAACUGCCCCAUCAUCCCAGGUGUUCUUCCUAUACAGGCUUACCAGUCUUUACGUCACAUUGUGAAAUUAUCUAGGUUAGAAGUUCCCCAGGAGAUUAUCGACACCAUUGAACCAAUGAAAGACAAUGACGAAGCUAUUCGUAAUUAUGGUGUGGAGCAGGCUGUACAGAUGUGCCGUGACCUGCUGAACAGCGGAGAUGUGUACGGACUCCAUAUAUACACUCUCAACAGAGAAGUUGCCACGAUAGAGAUUCUGAAAAGACUUGGAAUGUGGAAAGAGGACCCACAGCGUACUCUGCCUUUCAAAGUGACAGCCAAUCACAUGCGAUGUAAAGAAGACGUUCGACCAAUAUUCUGGAGGAGCCGACCCAACAGCUAUGUUCACCGGACAUCAAAUUGGGAUGAAUUCCCAAACGGUCGUUGGGGAAAUUCGUCUGCAGCGUCCUUCGGUGAUCUGACUGACUAUUACCUAUUUUAUUUAAAGAAUCGGUCACCAAAAGAAUCGCUGCUGAAGAUGUGGGGGGAGGAUUUGUCCAGUGAACAGGACGUUUGGGACGUCUUCUACCACUACAUCACUGGCAAGCCAAACGGUCUUGGCGUCAAGGUGUCCAGUCUGCCGUGGCAGGAUGAUGAGCUGAGUGCCGAGACCAAUCUGAUCACGGAAAAACUGGCAGCCAUCAACAAACGAGGUGUGUUGACUAUCAACUCCCAGCCGAACAUCAACGCUGCACCGUCAACAGACCCGAAGGUUGGCUGGGGAGACCCUAAUGGAUACAUAUUCCAAAAGGCCUACUUGGAAUUCUUCACAUCAGAAAAGAAUGUAACUGUGCUGAAAAAUAUUCUAGAGAGGUAUCCCCUUGUCAACUAUCACAUCGUGAAUUCAAAGGGAGACGUUGACUACACCAACUGUGAUAUGACUCUACCUAUUGCUGUAACGUGGGGGGUGUUUCCUGGUAAGGAAAUCAUACAGCCUACAGUUGUUGACCCUAUAGCUUUCAAGACAUGGAAGGAUGAGGCAUUCGCACUGUGGACAGAGACAUGGGCAAACCUGUAUGAACCUGGAACGAACUCGCACAAUUUACUUAAUCACAUCCAUGACAAUUACUAUCUGGUGAAUUUAGUGGAUAAUGAGUUCCCUAAAGACUCCUGUCUCUGGGAAAUCGUGGAGAAAAUGAUUCAAGAAGGAGCUUUGGUCUCACAGGAAGAUGUCAAAAUGGACACAGAAACUGGACAUUAGUGAAGGACCAGGUAUUGUGGUUAUACAGGUUGUUGUGACAUCACCCUGGAGUAUGGACAGGAACCUGGAUGUUAUGACUGAGAUAGGGCUGGUCUCUAAAUGUUGGAACCAGUGAGCAGCUGAAAUCUGUUCAACAGCAAUGUAUAAAAAUCUAGUUAUAAACAGGAAUUGUAAACUGUGAAACAUAAUUAAGGUCUAAACUGACCGAUCUGCAUAAUGUUCAAAUAAUGCUGGUGAUAUAGGACUUAUGAAUCUGAUAUAUAUUGCCAUAGACUGCAGUCAUAGACAAACAUUGCCGCUAUGAUUGCCAUGAAAAGCCCAUAUAAUUGCCAUAAAAAAGCCGGUGGAAUUGGAUAAAGGUUGUAAUAAUUAAUACUCUUUUUGUGAAAAUUUUUUAUUCUUUAACAAGUUUUUCUAUACAAUAUCAUAUUCAUGAUUAAAAUAUUUGUGGUAGUUGAUUAAAAUUGCAGUUUGUUAAUAGCCUUUGUUAGAUAUGAAAAAAAACAUUUUUACAACAAGUCAUGACAAAAGUUUGGUGAUUUUGAUGGUAGAUUUUUCCUGUUUACAUAAAUUGUUAACUGUAAUACUUGAUCAAACGUUGUUGUGUUAUUACGGGAGAAUUGUCCAUGUUGAAAUAAUGUGUGAUGCUGAAAUAUUCUCUUAUGAUCAAAUAAUCUGGUAUAAAUAAACUCUUUAAAACAUUAUCUUAUGAUGUAAUAAUAAGAUGAUGACCAAAAUGUGUUUAUGAAACACUUUGACCCCAGCUGCAAUAAAUCUGUACAUUAAAACAUAAAUGUACUGUGUAAGGCAUGUGCUAAUAGCAUGCACACUUUAUGAAAGACUUGUGUCUUCAUUUUGCAAUAGUUAAGGUCAGUUUUUAAGUUUUUCAAAGGUCAAAGGUGAAGGUCACAUGGUCAAAUAUUUUGGUGCCAUCAGAAACAUUUUGUCAUAAGGAACACGCCAAAUAAUUUUAUAAAAACAUUCUCUUCUGAUCAAAUAAUUUUAUAAAAACAUUCUCUUAUGAUCAAAUAAUUUUAUAAAAACAUUUUCUUCUGAUCAAAUAAUUUUAUAAAAACAUUCUCUUCUGAUCAAAUAAUUUUAUAAAAACAUUUUC